AGCUGUUGUUUAUUCAAUGAAAAUGAAAUACCCACUACUCUUUCCUCUGUUUACGAUUAGCAUACGCUCGUUGCGUAAAUAUAGAAGUAAAACGGGCGAUCAACUGCGAUCGUCGAAACUCUAUUAACAGUAUCAAUUAAGUAAUUCAUCGAGCGAUGAUCGAAAGAAUGUUUUUCAAACGCUGUAAUCGAAUAUAUUUGAAAAAUGCGUUCAACCGCAUACAUCAACGGUUCUACAGUAAUAGAACCGAUAACGUUGCGAGCGAGCCUUGCUUCUUAGGAAUACAAACUGCAUUUACAAGCGAGCUGAAAUUUUUUAAUGAAAAAUCCUACGACCCUUUGCCUACAUACAGAAUUUUAAAAUCUUCCAAAGACGUACAAUUACCAAAGGAUCUCGAGUUGAACGAGCAGACUCUGCUUAGAAUGUAUCGUAAGAUGAUUACACUGAAUGUAAUGGACAAGAUACUCUAUGAAUCUCAGAGACAAGGUCGUAUAUCGUUUUACAUGACUCACACAGGGGAAGAGGCAACUCAAAUUGGUUCAGCAGCAGCUGCUACAUUAGAAGAUAUGAUAUAUGCUCAGUACCGAGAAGCUGGUGUUUUGCUUUGGAGAGGAUAUACUUUGGUAGAGUUUAUGAAUCAGUGCUAUGGCAAUCAUAGAGACACUGGGAAGGGAAGGCAAAUGCCUGUUCAUUAUGGAUCAAGAAAGCUAAACUUCGUUACUAUUUCAUCUCCUCUAACGACACAGUUGCCUCAAGCUGUAGGUACGGCCUAUGCGUUUAAGCGAUCUGGGAAAAAAACGUGCGUGAUGUGUUAUUUUGGCGAUGGUGCCGCUAGUGAGGGGGAUGCACACGCAGCUUUUAAUUUCGCCGCAACUUUGUCCUGCCCGAUUAUUUUCAUAUGUCGAAAUAAUGCCUAUGCAAUUUCGACCCCUACUGUGGAGCAGUUUAAUGGGGAUGGAAUUGCGGCAAGAGGCCCGGCUUAUGGGAUAGAAACGAUACGUGUAGACGGCAAUGAUAUUCUCGCUAUGUAUCAUGCGACGAAAGUUGCUCGUAAUUUUUGUAUCGAUAAAGGGAGACCCGUCUUAAUUGAAGCCAUGACUUAUCGAAUCGGUCAUCAUAGUACUUCGGACGAUAGUACUGCAUACCGUUCGGCCGACGAAAUAGAUCAAUGGAAUCGUUCCUCACCAGUAAUUAGAUACCGCGAUUAUUUGCAAUCAGUCGGAUUAUGGUGCGAACAGCGAGACCAGGAGUUAAAUAAAUCGGUGAGAAGUUCGGUCCUACUUGCUUUUGCGGAAGCGGAAAAAGAACUCAAACCUUGCUGGAAAGAAUUGUUCACAGAUGUAUAUCAUACAAUGCCGAAGCAUUUAUGUAAGCAGAUGCAAUCCAUGGAAAGUCAUAUCGCAGAAUUUGGCAAACAUUAUCCUCUACAUCUUUUCAAAGAGAAACAAUAAUACUCUGUAAUGAACUCACCAUAAUCGUAACGAAACAAUAAGUUUAUAAAGUUUUAUUAUACAUACUAAAUAAUAAAGCAUUUACACGACGUGUCUUAGAACUUAA